AUGAAAAGUCGCGUGAAUGUAGUGAAAUGGCCGUUUCGGAGCCCUGUGCGCCAGCUCUCUACUACGCCAUGGUCUCAUCAAGCGUCUGACGGUGGAUUGGAAAUUGGUACCAAGUCAGUGACAACUAGUCCAGCGCGAGGCUCUCGUGCCAGAUCUACCCACGUGGCCUUGGAUACUUCAUUAUGCGACGUGUCUCCUUCCGUCAAGUCAUGGCGCGAGGUACCAGGACCCAAGCCUUUGCCAUUAUUAGGGAAUACAUGGCGUUUUACACCAUAUAUCGGUGGAUAUUCUGUUGAACAUAUCGACAAGGUGUGUUUAUCGUUACGCGAGCAGUAUGGUGAUUGCGUCAAGAUUACAGGCUUACUGGGCCGACCUGAUAUGCUGUUCGUCUUCGACGCCAGUGAAGUCGAAAGAGUGUUUAGGGGCGAGGACGCUGCUCCUCAUAGACCCUCAAUGCCGUCUCUAAAUUAUUACAAGCAUACCCUGAGGAAAGAUUUCUUUGGUGCUGAAGAAAACUGCGCUGGAGUCAUAGCGGUGCACGGUGAAUCUUGGGCUGCAUUCAGAACAAAAGUAUCUAGGGUGGCGUUAAGUGCUGGUGCAGCAGCUCAAUAUACAGUGCCUGUAGCACAAGUUGCAGAUGCGUUUGUAGAAAGAGUACGCGAUAUAAGGAAUGAAAACUUGGAAACACCAGAUGACUUUUUAAACGAAGUACAUAAAUGGUCGCUAGAAUCGCUUGGAUUAAUAGCCUUAGACACUCGGCUUGGUUGUUUCGAAGCCCAAGAAGAGUCUGAGAGCAUGCGGCUCAUUCAUGCUGUACAAACUUUCUUUCUAAGUGUUGGUGAACUAGAACUACGCGCUCCUUGGUGGCGGCUUUACCCAACGACAAUGUUCAAGAAAUACUGCGCCGCAUUGGAUACAAUUCUUAGCGUGACUCUCAGACACGUAGAGAAGGCGCUGAAGGAAUGUGAACUUAAUGGAGGCAGUAAGUCACUGCUACAAGAUUUAGUAGCUGCUGCUGGGCCGAGAGUUGCUGCUGUAGCGGCACUUGAUCUGUUCUUGGUAGGAAUCGACACGACCUCGAAUGCAGUCGCGUCAAUUUUAUAUCAGCUGUCGUUAAGACCUGCAGUACAAGAACGUUUAUACGAAGAAAUUAACAACAUUCUUCAAGAUAAACCGAUGAAACCCGGAGAUGUAAACCACAUGCCUUACUUAAAAGCAUGUGUGAAGGAAGUUAUGAGGAUGUAUCCUGUGGUAAUCGGAAACGGCAGACAACUCUCGAAAGACACGAUCAUUUGUGGCUAUCAAAUACCUAAAGGGACUCAAGUAAUCUUUCAACAUUACGUAAUGGGAAACAGCGACGAUAAUUUCUCAAAUGCAAGAGACUUUCGACCCGAAAGGUGGAUGCAUCGAUCUUCAACACAAAAGCACCAUGCGUUUGCAUCAUUACCAUUCGGUUAUGGAAAAAGGAUGUGUUUGGGGAGAAGAUUUGCCGAACUGGAAAUACAUACGGUUAUAUGCAAGAUGGUGCAAGCUUUUAAAAUGGAAUAUCAUCAUAAACCAAUGGACUAUCACAUUCAUCCAAUGUAUACCCCGAACGGACCUAUCAGAUUGAAGCUUAUUGAGCGGUAA